GACUCGAUCAAGUUUUACAAAGCGACGAGGUCAUGGAAAACCAUGGAUUGCUUUUUGUUACUGAACCUGGCAGCGGUUUCAAUCGAGGUCGAAUGAAAAUCGGCGAAGAAUCAUGGGCGGGAAAAGUUGGAAAAUAUCGGGUUGACGUCACCGUCAUGGACAUGGAUGGCGAACCCGGAUACCUGAGUAGUACCGGAAGUUACGAGCUUUGCGUACAGGACACAAACAAUAAUCUUCCUGAAUUCAUUGUGCCGGACCCCGAACACCGAGAAUUUUGGAUCCCAGAAGACUAUGAGCCCAAUCCGCAAAACGCUAUCAUCGACCCGAUAAGUGGAGACUCGAUUAUCUUCCGUGCUAAUGAUGCUGACGAUGACCCGGAUGAAAUCGAGUUUUUCCUCAUGCCAACUGAA